CUGAGGUCAGUCCGAGAGCUGAAGCUGAACCUGCAGCUACAGUAUGUGGACAUUCACUGUGAUUCUCUUCAGUCUAUUAGGCGUUAAUACUGUAAUCUCAGCCACAGCCGACGAUGGUCCAAUUGUGCACACGAAAUAUGGGGCUCUAAAAGGUGAGUUCAUGAGAGCUAAAGGAAAGGACACGAUCGUCCACAGCUACCUGGGCGUGCCGUUUGCCAAGCCACCUGUGGGCCCUUUGAGACUGUCCGCCCCACAACCUGCAGAACAAUGGCAAGGAGUGAGAGACGCCACCAAACAGCCAUACAUGUGUAUGCAAAACAGGGAGCUGACUGUAUCAUUUAUAAGUAAUAGUCAUUCCAUGACCGUGGACGUUCCUCAAGUGUCAGAGGACUGCCUUUACCUCAACAUUUACACGCCUGCUAAACCAAAUAAAGAUGCCAAGCUACCUGUUAUGGUUUGGAUCCAUGGUGGAGGCUUCUCCGUAGGCUCGGCUUACAUGUUUGACGGACAUGCACUGGCAGCCUAUCAAAACGUUGUUGUAGUACUAAUCCAGUACAGGCUUGGAUUAUUUGGAUUUUUCAGCACAGGGGAUGAACACGCACCAGGAAAUUAUGGCCUCCUGGAUCAAGUGGCGGCUCUUCAGUGGGUUCAGGAGAACAUCCACAGUUUUGGAGGUGAUCCUGGAUUAGUCACGAUCUUUGGACAGUCUGCAGGAGGAUCCAGUGUGUCCUACCAUAUAUUGUCACCUUUGUCUGCUGGACUUUUUCGUUAUGCUAUAGCAGAGAGUGGUACUGCUGCAAUAGAUCCUUUCUUUACAGACAGUCCAUUAUCAGUAGCUCAGCCUGUGGCUAAAGCGUUUGGCUGUGACACUUCAAGCACAAAGCAGAUUGUUGAUUGUAUUAUGCAGUUGUCACAGGAGGAUUAUUUGUCAGUGAACCAAAAGGAGGAGUUCCAUUUUAAAGUAACAAAGGAUGGACGAUUCCUUUCUAAAUCUGUGGAUGAACUUCUACAGAACAAAGAGUUCAGCAAAGUGCCGUUUAUUACUGGGGUGAAUAAUGAUGAAGGAGGUUUUAUUCUUCUUAAUUUCCUUGUUCCUCAAGGAUGGACCGAAGGAGUGGACAGAGAGCAAGUUUCGUCAUUACUGCCUAAGAUUUUGAUGUAUCCUGAUCUUGGUGGUAAAUGGCUUUAUGAAAUAGUGGCGAAUGAGUACCUGGGCACCACGCACGAUCGGAUUAAAGUCCGAGAUGCUUUAAGAGAGAUAUGUGGCGACUUUUGGUUUAACAUACCUGCUCUUAAAGUAGCAAAACACCACAAAGAUUCUGGAGCACCAGUUUACAUGUAUGAAUUCCAGCACACUUUCAACGAGCACCAGAAAAAAAGGCUAAGCUUUGUAGGAAGUGACCACGGGGAUGAAUUCCUCUUUGUUUUUGGUGGAUGUUUUGCAAAUGGUCACCUUAAGCCAAAUGGUCAGUUUACAGAAGAAGAGGAUGAACUGUGUAGAACUAUAAUGGCCUACUGGGGAAACUUUGCUCGCACUGGGUCUCCAAACGGACCAGGCCUGACCCCAUGGCCAGAGUUUGGUGCUGAAGCUGAGUAUCUGAGCAUUGGCCUGGAGCAGAAGCCUGGAAAGAACUUGGAGAGAAAGCACUAUGCAUUUAUAACCCAAACUCUGCCACGAUUAAAGCAUGAGACAAAAGAUGAUCCAAUUGUGCAGAUCAAAUAUGGAACUCUAAAAGGUGAGCGUGUGACGGCUAUAGGGAAGGACACAGUUGUUUACAGUUAUCUGGGUGUACCAUUUGCAAAGCCACCAGUGGGACCUUUAAGAUUUACUGCACCCCAACCUGCAGAACAAUGGCAAGGAAUAAAAGAUGCUACAAAGCAGCCAUACAUGUGUAUACAAAACAGGAAAGCUACUAUUGAUCUCUUCGCCAAUGAAACACUCAAUACGGAAGUUCCUGAAGUGUCAGAAGACUGCCUGUACCUCAACAUCUACACUCCAGCAAAACCUGGAGAAAAUACCAAACUACCUGUCAUGGUUUGGAUUCAUGGUGGAGGACUAAGCAUUGGUUCUGCAUCAACGUACGAUGGAUCUGUUUUGUCUGCCUACCAGAAUGUAGUUGUUGUCCUAAUUCAGUACAGACUGGGUCUAUUCGGCUUCUUUAGCACAGGAGAUGAACACGCACCGGGAAACUACGGGCUUCUGGAUCAGGUGGCAGCUCUUCAGUGGGUUCAGGAGAACAUCCACAGCUUUGGAGGUGAUCCUGGCUCAGUCACCAUCUUUGGGGAAUCUGCAGGAGGAGCCAGUGUGUCCUUUUUGCUUCUCUCUCCAUUGUCUACUGGAUUGUUCCAUCGUGCCAUUGCAGAAAGUGGCACUGCCACAAUGAAAGGCAUUGUGGGGAAUCCUUUACCAGUAGCCCAGCUACUGGCUAACAGGUCGGGUUGUGACAUAAGUAGCACACAAAAAAUUGCUCAGUGCAUCAAGCGGUGGUCGACUGAGGAUGCGAUAGCACUUUCAAAAGAGACCUUGUUUCAACGGUUUGUAGUGACAGUAGAUAAGACAUUUCUUCCCAAGCCUGUGGAGGAACUCCUUCAGAACCAGGAGUUUCAUAAAGUACCACUCAUGACUGGUCUGACCAAUGAUGAGUUUGGUUGGUUGAUGCCAAAUUUCCUUGCACCUUCUGGGUGGAUGGAUGGAAUGAAUAAAGAACAAAUACUUGCAUCAAUGACUCCUUUCACUUCUGAAACACACCCUCAGUGGAUUAAUGAACUGCUGGUAGAAGAGUACCUGGGUUCUACUGCUGACCCAAUUAAAAAUCGUGAUGGCUACAAAGAGUUGAUGGCAGAUAUGAUCUUCCUCAUUCCAACUCUGACUCUGGCUAAAGCCCAUAAAGCUGGUGGUGCUCCAGUUUAUUUGUAUGAGUUCCAGCAAGCACCCAGCAUUUUUCAGGCUAACAGGCCCAGCUUUGUUGGAGCUGAUCACACAGAUGAACUUGUCUUUGUUUUUGGUUUGUGCUUUGGAAACGCUCACGUCAAGGCAACUACCUCAUUAACGAAGAAAGAAAAUGAACUGUGUAGGACUGUGAUGGCAUACUGGGGAAACUUUGCUCGCACUGGGUCUCCAAAUGGACCAGGCCUGACACCAUGGCCUGAGUUUGGAGCUGAAGCUGAGUACCUGGGCAUUGGCCUAGACCAAAAGCCUGGCAAGAACCUGAAGAAGGAGCGUUAUAUCUUUAUGACUGAGAAGCUUCCAGAGUUGGUGGCUGCAGCUCAGACAAACACUGAACAUGUUGAGCUGUAGAGGAUACUGUGGUUUCUUUAUACAAUCCAUCUUUUAGGGGUUCUGUAAAGUGUAUGAUUCUAUUACAAAUACAAUGUGGUAUUUAAAAUUUUAUAUGGGAUCUAAAUGUAAGCAUGUAUUAUUUGUUGAGAAGGGAUUGUCUUCCUUAGCUUCAGACCAAAGCUGUCACUUGGGGCAUUAUUUAAAAUGUUUACUGACCUGCACUUGGCAUCAUACUGUAGGUUUGUAAAACUGAUCAGCUGAUGAAACUCUAAAGUGUAAACUAAUAAAAAAUCCCUUAACCUGAAGAAUAAUUCAGAGUCGGACAGGAUGACAUUUUACUCUAAUUUAUUGGGAAGAGAUGAACAUAUAAGCUUCAAAGCUCCCUGAAGUCAUGUGAUGUUUACAUGAGACAUUUGUUUCUCUGAAAAUUAAUUUGAUGAAUAUACUCGACUUGAAA